AUGUUCGCUGAGGCUCGGGGUCCUGAACCCUUGGCUUCAGGAGCGCCAUGGAAGCCCUCGACCCCUGGGAAAGACAUUAAAGAUCCAGGGAUUCGCCAGAGGCAACGGGGUGGAAAGUAUCAGCGACAACCAUCCAGCCAAAGAAGCUGUCUCUUAGGGUUGGAAUUGAAGCCAGAGCUGGUCUGGGAGGACUGGGACCUGGGGAGAGAGUUCACCAAGACAUUAGUGUUAAAGAAUAUUUAUCGCAAGCUGCAGAAGCUACAUGUCAGGCCUCCGACUUCCACGUUUUUCACCACCUUCAUUCCUCAACUAAUAGUUCUCAGCCCAGGGACGUCUUUCUCCAUGCCAAUCUGCUUUAGACCACUCCAGAGGUGUGAGUAUGAAGACAGCAUUGAGUUUCAAGGUAAAGAUGGCAGCUUCCAGGUUUGUCUCCGUGCCAUCAUUCCCUGCCAUGCCCUGGAGGUGCCUGACUCCGUGCUUCUACCAAUCUGUGCUGUUCAAAACUCCUCCAGUACUAAUUUCCUGUUAAAAAAUGUCAGUAAACUCCAGACCUGCUUCCAGUGGAAGUGCACAGCACCGUUCCAGCUAAGCCCUGAGCAAGGCCUGUUGAAGCCCGGUCAAGAGAGUCACAUCACUGUGGUCUUCCGACCACAAGAGGCACUGGUGUACCAGCAACAAGCCAACUGCAGUUUUGGAGAAGCAGGGGACGAGGAAGAGAGCUCCUGCAGUGUGCUGCUGCAGGGACUAGCCAAAUACCCAUGCCUUCAGCUGAGAAAUCCAGGUACCAAGGAUGAAAAAGAGCAGUGUGGUCCAGUGCUGCACUUUGGCUCUGUGGCUGUUGGACAAAAUUUGCAGAAACACUUUGACAUCUUCAACCCCUCCCCUGUAACUGCGCCAUUCUCUCUUUCACGACUGCCCAGUGGGGUCCAUUUGUUGGAGUCAGAGUUUGGCUGUGAUGUGACCAGGGGUAGUGUGGCACCUGGAGGAUCGCUACGGGCUUUAGUCACCUAUACUCCUGCGGUGGUGGAUAGUGUCUCUGUGGAGUACUUAUCUCUAAAAUGUAGAGGGGCAUUAAAUAAAACUCUGCUCAAGCUCAUUGGAAACUGUGGAGGUCCCAACGUGUCCUUGUCCUCCUCUGUGCUGGACUUUUGCUGUGUUGAAGAAGGAGGGGCAGUCGUACAGACAGUGGAGCUGGUGAAUUCUGCGCCGGUUGAGGCGUUCUACCAAUGGGACCUUGAUUGUACUGGGAACAGUGUGUUCAGCAUCCAGCCAGCAAGUGGCACCGUAUGCCCACACAGCCAUACCACGCUCGAGGCUGUCUACAGGCCCACGCAGCCGAUUGCACAUCACAGGAGAGUGACAUGUAUCAUAAUGCAUAGGGAGCCUAUAUUCCUUGACCUGAUUGGUACCUGUCACCCAGAGCUCAAGCAACCAGUGAUACUGAAACCUGAGCACUUGGUUCUUUACAAGCAGGACUCGCCGGAAACUCUCACUGACGUGCAGCAAGAAAAUGAAGUACACUUGGACCAACAGGGAGUGCUCUGCCUGGUGGAGGAGCAGUCACACCAGGAACCAGACAAGUUAACUCCGAUGGAGGAAUAUUAUCAGUCUUGCUUGGGUUACAUGGAUCCUCUCUCUCGCAGUUCUUUAUCCUCCCCAUAUGUAUCUGUGGUUCCCAGUGAGCUACUGUUUAAUCACAAAAUAUCUUCAUCCACUUCUUCUCAGCCUGUCUCCAUCACCAACCACACCAGGGGGAAACUCAGCCUGGUGUGGACUGUUGCCCAAGACUCCCCGUUCACUGUCUCUCCCUCAUCAUGUGACCUGGCUCCUCUCAAAACCACUUCAUUCAGAGUGACCUAUGACCCCAAGCAGCUCAAUACGCCUCACGGAGCACAACUUGAGUGCUUUGCAUACUAUAAGGACAAUCAUCACAGAGAGGGGCAACUGCAGUGUCCACCCUGGUGUGUGACUGUCAGAGUCAUAGGCCAUUCCUUUCAGCCAGACAAAGAUGAUGUCAUCCCAUGCUGCUCCUUGCAGCCUCUGCAAGUGGUGUUUCCAGCCCUUAGUGUUCUUUCCUAUCGGACUGUGCUCCUUCAGAAUGGUGGGGACCUGCCCCUCACUUUCUGUCUGGACCACGGCACAAACCCUGCAGUGGCCCAAUCUGUGUCUGUCGUGCCGAGCUGUGGUCUGAUCCAUCCUGGGAAACACCAAAUCCUCACCCUCAGAACAACGCCCACGGAAGACAGUCCCAAACAGGGAUUCAGUUUACCCCUUCAGCUCAAUGCAACUAAACAAACAAAGGAACUGACAGUUGUCAGUGUGGUGGAAAAACUGUGUGUGUCUCUGGAAGGAGACAACAGUUUAUAUUUCCAGCCAACAGCUGUGGGCUCUCGGACGCAGCGCUCCCACCACAUCAGGAACCUUAGCCGCCUCCCUCUACGAUUCCAAUGGAGCAUUCCAGAACCAGACCGGGAGCUUAUCUUUGUUGAACCAGAUGCUGGAGAACUGCAUCCCAAUGAGAGCUCAGUCCAGAUAUGGUCCUUCAGCCCACUGGAAGAAAAAACAUACACACUCAAACCUACUCUCACCUUCUGGCCCAUCCAGACUCCUGGAUGUAAUGAGUCAAACCUCACCCUUAAAGUGGUGGGGUUGGGCUCUAAAGGAUUCAUAGAGGCAGAGAAAGCAGUUCUGGAUGUGGGAGAGAUUCUGGUUGGAAGCUGUCGGGCAAUUCAGGUUCCUCUGGUGAACAACAGCCCCUGUUCUGUCUCCUUUUGUGUCUCUGUACACCAGACACUUCUGGAUGAGGAUCUUACUUAUGACCCCGGGACUGAGCCAAAAGCUCUACAGCUGGACUGUGAGAGGGGAACCAUCGUCUCACGCUCCACAAUGCUGCUCCGAUCCACUGUCGGCCCACACAGACGAGCCCAGUACCUCUGGACCAUCAGCUACCAGAUGCUGAAUGCCAGUGGAUGUGUGUCAUCCCCUCCCCAAGCCGUGUGUGAAGUGCGAGCCAAAGGCGUGUUCCCCACCCUGCAGGUGAUUGACGUGUGCAGCGGUGGCAGUGUGGGCCGACUCAGCAAGGUGCGCCUGUGGAAACUCUUCUCACUGGACAGCCUCAAUGAACACAUCCUGUCCAACCCGUCCCCUGGAGAGCUCAAAACCCCUACCAGGCACAGUCUCAUGUCUUCUCUUCCUGCAUCUAAUCUGAGCAGUUAUCCUCCAGUCUUCACCAAAGCCAUGUUAGAUUUCAACUUCAGUGCCACUCCCAUGAAUUCAGAGCCCUCAAUUUUUGUGUUGAUGUUUCACAACCCGGGCUCCAUCCCUGUAGACUGGGCUUUCUUGUUUCCAGCGGACCAACAGAUAGAGUUGGACUUCUGGGCAGAUACUGGAGAGUUUAGCAGUACUGAUCUGUACCAGAUGAAGGUUCAAGACAACCAUCUGUUCAGUAUUUCUCCCCGUUCUGGCACUUUGCUCCCUGGCCAGCAGAGGGCAGUACACUUCACCUACAGCCAUGACUUCGCUGGGACAGAUCGGCUUCCUGUCAUGCUCAAACUUUCUUAUGGUAGAGAGAUAUCGCUGAACCUUCAGGGGUUGACGGUGGAGAAAGACAGGCCCUAUCUCCACUUCACCUCCAAACAACAUGUCUUCACCUCUGUCACUAUUGGGGACUGUACUCCGCCAAAGCAGGUGUAUGAACUACACAACUGCGGUGCAGUGCCAGUCCGGUAUGAGGUGGACACGACUGUGUUGUCACAGCUAAAGGAGGACAACUUUAACCAUCCCGUGCUAGUCUGCCUCAAUCCAGAGGGAGAGGUCCUUCCUGGGAAGAUGGCCAUGCUGGAAUGGAUCUUCUCUCCAUUGGAGGCUAAGAUGUACCAUAUGGAUAUUCCUAUCCAUGUCCAGGAUGGAGACUCCACGCUGGUGAGGUUUGAAGGAUGCGGGUUUGAUUCUCCUACACCGGGCUCCACAAACCCAUUUAACUGUAGCGAUACUAAGGCAUCUGAACCCUGUGUCAAGAGAGUGCCCUUCCCGGGACAGGUGGUAUUUCUGUCAGAGAACCGUGUCUCUCUUGGCAACAUCCCUGUCUGCUCACAAUCUUCAAGAAUCCUCUUCCUAACCAAUGUGUCCCAUACAGACUCUGUCCACUAUAAAUGGGACAAGCAGAGCUAUCAGCAGGAGGUGCAGAUCCAUCCAGAACAAGGAGUUCUGUGCCCAGGGGAGAGUGGCCUUUGUGUCCUUACCUUCACCUCUACUGACUACCCCACUUGUUAUCAGCUAGAUGCCAUCUGCCAGGUUUUCCAGGAAGCCGCACUGACUCGGUACCGUGAUGCUUUGCAGCGUUGGGAGGAAGAAAAAAAGAGACGGAGACAUGAAUUCACCAUCAUGAAUAGCAAUCUUACAGAAAGCCAAGGAGUUCUGAUAGAUAAGGAACCUGUUGCAGCUCCAGUAAGAAAAGGGCCACUACUCAGGAAAUACAAGACUCUUCCUCCCAUCUGUGCCAGUGGUAGCUGUAAAACAGUGGGCACGAUAUGUACCAAGAUGACAAGAGCUGAGCGUCGGGCCCUACGAGAGACCGCAAAAUCACAGACGCGCCCGGAACCCCCCCAACCUGCUCUGCUGCAUCUCUGGGUUACAGCACACUCUCACAGGCUUCUGGAGUACCUUCCACACCUCGCUGACCAAUCCAAUGAGCACUAUAGAUGCUUCCAGUCUGUCAAGCCCCAAUAACAUGAAACAUCUUCUUUAAGCACUUCCUCUCCUGCUGGGCUGCCCUCCACGACACAUGGCCCUGAGAGAGACAUCGCCAAGCAUGUACUCACCUCUCUGCUCGGGGGCAUACUAGAUGAUCCAGCCUUCAUCCAUUCUCUGGUUACGUUGCCAUCCAUACCCAUCACUUACCAGCCUCAAGAAACGAGUUCUUCUCACUGCCCCACAUCUCCUCCUCACCUUACACCCAAACCUCAGGUUCUGUUGAGUGGGACAGCGGCACAGAAAGAACCAGUGGACAGGGAGGGAACUGCGGGACGCCUGAGAAACCAGCAAAGAACACAAAACACAGCACACACUGAGCAUGUGCCUGCUGACACGAGUGAGGAUGUUUUGCUGAACACCCUCCAGAACCUGAUGAUGGAGGCUGUCAGAGGAGAGCUUGUCCUCACAUCGCACCCCCGCACUGUUAUCCUGCCACCUGUUUUUACCAGAAGCAGGAAGAUGUCCAAAGCCACGUCGGAGGAGGAGGAGAGAGGAAUCUUGGGGAACAGAAAAGAACCAGCAGGGACUUAA